GUGGAUGAAGAAGGAGGUGGAGGAGGGAGUGAGGCUCUUCUCUCUCUCUCUAAGAGCAUUAACUGUAGAGUGUUCUGCUGGUGACAGGGCUGUCAGGGUCAGAUGGCUGCUCAGCCUGAUUAGACCAGCUCACAGCAGAUCCUCAGAGCGCCACACUGCACCAACACAGCCAGGCAGAGACAGAGAGAGCGAGAGAGAGAGAGACGCACAAUCUGGCACUUGCAGCACACCAGAGGAGGGACAGGUGGAGGUGCAGAGUUCAGUGUGACAGUGGAGCAGAGCUACAGGUUGUUGAAGGAGAGGAUUCAGCUUCAAGAAAAACGUGAAAACAGGUGGAAUCCGCUGAUGUUUACGCUGUGGUUGGUGGUGACACUUCAGAGCAGCCUGUGACAGAGGAAACAGCCAGGCAGCCUGACGACCAACUGGGGACACACCUGUUUUUACAAAGCAAACUACGCUCUAAGAAUCGCUGGUUGAUGGAGUUUGUGAGGCGGAGUGGUGACUACUGCCACGCCCAACACAUUUAGACCCCUACCAGAUGAUGAAGCUGCACCAUGAAGACCUGCAGCCCUGAGACCUGAAAGAGCGUUGGCCUCUGCCCUCUGAACCAGCCAGCUCAUGGGGUAACAAGUGGAGCCUCGACAUUGAAAGCUAACUGGAGAGAGAGAGAGAAGGGCAGAAAGAGAGAGAGAGAGAGCUGCUGAGAGGCUAAGAGAGAAAAGAGCACACUGGACAAUAAGGGAGACAGAAACAAAGAGACAAACUGUCUGUAGCCUGUUGGACCAAAGGAUACAGGCACCUAAUGGGGUAAAACUCAAGACAACUGGGCCUCAGAAUUGGGAGAAAACCUUGAACUGUUGUAAACAGUCUCCAAAAAGGAAGUUCAUCGAGAGUCCAGAGUCACCUGAAGAGCUGGUAUAAGGUGAAGACACAGCAGUGAACUGUGACAGCUGCAACUAAAGGUCAAAGACAGUCCUGGGAUCGCAAAGGUCACACUGGCCACCAUGAACCGUCCAGCUCCUGUGGAACUGUGCCACAAGAACAUGAGGUUCCUCAUCACACACAACCCCACUGACAGCACUCUCAGCUCCUUUCUCGAGGACCUGAAGCGUUACGGUGCAACCACAGUUGUUCGAGUCUGUGACAUCACUUAUGACAAAACGCCGCUGGAAAAAGACGGCAUCACUGUGGUGGACUGGCCUUUUGAUGAUGGAGCCCCACCCCCCAGUAAGCUGGUUGAUGAUUGGCUGAGCCUGCUGAAGAAGAAGUUUCAGGAGGAUCCAGGAAGCUGUGUGGCUGUCCACUGUGUGGCUGGACUGGGGAGGGCUCCUGUGUUAGUUGCUCUGGCUCUGAUAGAGAGUGGAAUGAAGUAUGAAGAUGCUAUUCAACUCAUCAGACAGAAGCGCCGGGGAGCCAUCAACAGCAAGCAGCUCACCUACUUGGAGAAAUAUCGAUCUAAGCAGAGGCUCCGCUUCAAAGAGUCAAAUACACACAAGAACAAGUGCUGCACCAUGUGAACAAGCACAGAAACACAGAAUUGUGUAACCCUCAGUAGAUGCUCUCAGGAAUCCAGCCAUACAAGCCUUGUUUCAUCAGUCAUUAAAAUAACAUGGCCUCUUUAGCCGAAGUCCACCCUGGGAAGUUCUGAAUAUUCUCCUAGCAAUCUCUGUCAAAAUUAAUUUUUUUCCUCUGUUUGUAACGAUUGCUUGUCUUUUAAGGAAGAUUGAAAUGGCAUGUUUGAUUUAUGAUAUGUUCUCUGUCAAAGAAAGAUGGCAGGAUAGAAAGCACAUUUAAAUACAUUACAUAGGUAGUUUAUUGUUAGGCAUAUUGACUUUAACAUGUUGAAAUCUUACACCAACACCUGCAUAAUGUGCAUUUUUGGAGAUAGAACAAACGUUUUCAUACAUUUGUGAAGAUUUUUGCCAAGGUAACACUUCACAACUACCUUAGCAUGAAAUAUUUUAUUGUAAAUUAAUGUCAAUGCACUGAGUUAUUACUUUUUUUAUUUUUCUGCUGAGUUUCAGUUAAACAGGAGACAAAAAUCAGCUUCUAAAAGUAAUCUUCAUCAACAAAAAGCCCUCAUUUGGUUUUGUCACGGUAACUGUUUUAAUAUUGUGCUCAAAUUAUGUGUUUACAUAUCAAUGUGUGCAUUAUAUUAUGCUCUGUUUACUGACACCCACUGAAGGAAGCCUCUCUUAUAGACGCAGCUGAUUGUAAGCCAUGUUUAAAGUGCAUAUAUGUAUCAUAAAAAAGAAAAUGUUUAUGGAAGUAAGAAUUACUGGUUAAUGUAAAUUAGCUGUAAAUAAUAUGAAACAAGGAUCCUUAUCAUUACCCCCUAUGGGUUAGGAAGAACUACUUUCCAAAGACAUGGAUUAUGUCAGGGAGAAGUUUUCAUUGAAUCAGCACCAAUAACUGUCUCUUUAUUUCAAUUGCAGAAAAGAUUCAUGGUUAAAAAUAAAAAUUUUUCUAGUCCUUGCACAAAUGUUGCUGUGCAUCACAGUGCACAUUUUAGCCAAGAUCAUAGUAGUUUAUGUACUAUUUAUUUUGCAGUUGGGAGUUUAUUUUUUCUGUUUUUCUGUUCCUGAAUGAUGCAUGUAACCAAAUGCUUCUGUUUUUCUUGCUGAUGAUGGAGCAUGCACUUUUUAUGUACUUACUAUUGUUUAUACCAGUCUUCUUUUCAUGAUGUCAUAAAAACAUCUCUAACAUAAAGCAAGAAUAAGUAAAAAUGAGAGCUGGAGGUUCAAAUCUAAAAUGUGGUAGCAACUAAGACAAAACAUUACAUCUUUUUAACAAAUUAUUUAUGAGCAAUGAACAAAUUUUCUUGUUCAUAUGGUGUUUGUGUGUUUAUUAAAAUAUGUGUGUGUGUCUUUAGCUGCUGUUAAUCAUUGGGACUGGCCACUUUUUUAAUGUAAAAGCACAUGCUGUAAAUGUCUGUCUGUAAAUUCUUGUUUAAUAAAAAGUUUUCUCAUUGUCCCUUUA